GAAGAAGAAAGCACAGAAAAUUCCUGAACGCUGUUAGGCGCGUGCCGCAUGCUGCUCAACUUCAUGGAAAAAGAACACAGAAGAACAUCGUCAGCUCACUAAACCUGACUGCAGCUCAUUUCUGUUUUGACACUCGUAUUCAUUAUUGCGCUCACUUUUCAUUCCUGCACUCUUUAACUGUUAGUCAAGAUGUCAGUGGUCGGGUUUGACGUCGGCUUCCUGAACUGCUAUGUAGCGGUAGCCAGAGCCGGGGGCAUUGAAACUGUGGCCAAUGAGUACAGCGAUCGAUGUACACCGGCCUGUGUUUCUUUUGGUCCAAGAAACCGAUCAAUUGGUGCAGCUGCAAAAAGCCAGGUUGUCACAAACUGCAAGAACACAGUUCAGUUGUUCAAGCGAUUUCAUGGCAGAGUAUUCUCAGAUCCAUAUGUGCAGCGUCUCAAAUCCAGCUUGGUUUACGAUAUUGCGCAGAUGCCUACAGGGACAACUGGCAUCAAGGUUAUGUACAUGGAGGAGGAGAAGGUGUUCAGCAUUGAGCAGGUCACUGCUAUGCUCCUGACCAAGCUGAAGGAAACAGCGGAGAAUGCCUUGAAGAAGCCUGUGGCUGACUGUGUCGUGUCUGUCCCCUGCUACUACACCGAUGCUGAGAGGAGGUCUGUAGUAGAUGCAGCACAGAUUGCUGGGCUAAACUGCCUGAGGCUUAUGAAUGAGACAACUGCAGUGGCACUUGCAUAUGGGAUCUAUAAACAGGAUCUUCCACCUCCUGAGGAAAAGGCCAGGAAUGUGGUCUUUGUGGACAUGGGCCAUUCUGGAUAUCAGACAUCAGUGUGUGCCUUUAAUAAGGGCAAACUCAAGGUGCUCGCUACAGCGUGUGACCCAGAGAUUGGAGGAAAGAACUUUGAUGAUGUUCUGGUCAAUUAUUUCUGUGAGGAAUUUGGCAAGAAAUACAAGCUUGAUGUCAAGUCUAAGCCCAGGGCUCUUGUCAGGCUCUACCAGGAGUGCGAAAAACUGAAAAAGCUGUUGAGUGCCAACUCAUCUGACCUGCCUCUUAACAUUGACUGCUUCAUGAAUGACAUUGAUGUCACUGGAAAAAUGAACAGGGGGAAGUUUGAAGAGAUGUGCGCUGACAUUUUGGCCAGAGUGGAACCUCCACUGCAGCGCCUGUUGGAACAUACCAAACUAAAGAAGGAUGAUAUCUAUGCAGUCGAGAUAGUGGGUGGAGCCUCCAGGAUCCCAGCAGUCAAAGAGAGAAUUAGCAAAUUCUUUGGCAAAGAGCUAAAUACCACCCUGAAUGCUGAUGAGGCUGUGGCAAGAGGGUGUGCCCUCCAGUGUGCAAUACUGUCACCUGCCUUCAAAGUGCGCGAGUUCUCCAUCACAGACGUUGUUCCAUAUCCCAUCUCUUUGAAGUGGCAUUCCGCUGCAGAGGAAGGUCUCAGUGAUUGUGAGGUAUUUCCGAAGAACCAUGCAGCGCCUUUCUCCAAAGUGUUGACCUUCUACAGAAAAGAACCUUUCUCACUGGAGGCCUACUACAAUUGCCCUAAUGAGCUGCCCUACCCUGAUCCCACUAUUGGCCAGUUUCUGAUCCAGAAGGUUGUCCCACAGGCAUCUGGGGAGAGCUCCAAGGUGAAAGUCAAGGUUAGAGUGAACAUCCACGGAAUCUUCAGUGUAUCCAGUGCUUCCCUGGUCGAAGUGCAAAAGCCUGACGAGACGGAGGAACCCAUGGAAACGGAACAAACUAAUGAAAAAAAUGGAGAGGUACAUCAGAAAAAAAACAAAAUGCAAACUGAUCAGGAAGAACAGCAGUCACAGGGAGAUGGUCAGAAAGAAACCGAAGAGAAGCCAGCACAUGAGAAUGAAGACAUGGAGACCACACCAGAGGAAAACAAAAGUGAGAAGAAGUCUGACCAGCCCCCACAAGCAAAAAAGCCAAAAGUCAAAACAAAAGUGCUGGAGCUCCCAAUUGAGAACAGCCCACAAUGGCAGCUAGCAGAUGACAUGCUUAAUCUUUUUGUAGAAAAUGAGGGUAAGAUGAUCAUGCAGGACAAGUUGGAGAAGGAGAGAAAUGAUGCCAAGAACAGUGUAGAAGAAUAUGUGUAUGACAUGAGGGACAAACUACACGGACUGCUGGAAAAGUUUGUCAGUGAACCUGACCGAGAGGCUUUGUCACAAAAACUGGAUGACACUGAAAACUGGCUGUAUGAAGAUGGAGAGGACCAACCCAAACAGGUGUACAUUGAUAAACUGGCAGAGUUAAAGAAACUAGGCCAGCCCAUCCUGGAGAGGUUUGUAGAGGCAGAAGAGAGACCUAAAGCAUUUGAAGAUUUGGGAAAACAAAUACAGCAGUACAUGAAAUUUAUUGAAGCAUGCAGAAUGAAGGAGGAACAGUAUGACCAUUUGGAUGAGGCUGAUGUCACCAAAGUGGACAAACUAGCCAGUGAUGCAAUGAUGUGGAUGAAUAGUGCCAUGAACCAGCAAAGCAAACAGAGUUUGACAGUGGAUCCAUCUGUCAAAGUAAAAGAGAUUGAAGCAAAAACUAGGGAGCUGUUUUCUGCAUGUAACCCCAUUGUGACCAAGCCCAAGCCAAAAGUGGAGCUUCCAAAGGAGGACACGCCUGCAGAGCAGAACGGGCCUGUCGACGGACAAGAGAAACCCCAGGAAGACGCUGCAGACAAAGGAACGGCUGAGAACACAGGCAACCCCACCUCAGAAAGCACAGAAAACAAACCUGACAUGGACCUUGAUUAAAGCCGCCUCAUGCUUCCUGAGCAGAGCUGAACAGGAGCUGAUUUUUCAGAUUGAGAUGCCACUGGGUGAAUAUCAGAGCAGGUGGCAUUUCAGAACCUACUCUCCAAUCACUGUCAGGCGGAGUGAGCGUGCAUAGCUCCUGCUGUCAUCUUUGUCCGACAUAGCAUGCGCUCUCUUUCUGAAUGACAUAAAUCAAAAGCCAGCUGCAAUAAGCCUGUUUGAGCACUGUUCACAUGAUGGUAUUUAUUUCUGUUGUGUGCUCUGUAAGUGUUCAGUCUGUGUUACAGUAUGGUUUAAAUAAAGCUACUGAAAAUCA